UGUGUGAAAUAGCCUUGAAAAAUGUCCCUACUUAAUUAAUAAUGCAUGUAUAAGAUACACGAAGCCAGAAACAUGGCUGACACGAGAGUUUCCUAACUCACUGUAUAGUUUCUGCAAAAGAAAUGUAUGGCAUCUGUUAUCAUUCUCUACCUUCCAAAACUUUCCAACUUUUACUUAUGCUUAUGCUUUUUGUACCAUGUGUGCGAUCUCAAUAUUAGAUUCUCUUUAGUUCAUCUUUUUCCCUUUUCCAUGAGCUAAUCAGAGAUAACACAAACUUCAGUUCCUGAUUCCUGUGCCAACCCAAAGAAAACCCUUUUUCUGCCCACAUUUUUUGAUUGAUUCUUUUCUCUCUAGAUAAGGGACAAUUCAAAGAGACAGAGAGAAGUAUAGAAUAGAAGAUGAAAGUUGUUAAGGAAUGGUUGAAGGGGUCGAAGACUGUGCUUAGCAUGUUUUUAGUGCAAGUUUUUGCAACAGGGAUGCAGAUUCUAUCGAGGGUUAUACUUGUUGAAGGCACUUUCAUUUUCGCACUCAUUGCCUACCGUCACGUUAUUGCUGCUGUUUGUGUUGCCCCUUUUGCUUUCUACUUUGAAAGAGGCCGCCAAAAGAAGUUGAGGUGGUCGAUUUGGUUCUGGCUCUUCCUUAACGCCUUAGUGGGGAUAACACUGGCUAUGGGACUGUUCUAUUAUGGUCUGCGAGAUACAUCAGCUACUUACUCUGUCAAUUUUCUGAGCUUGGUUCCUAUCUCCACUUUCAUUUUCUCUAUUAUAUGCAGAAUGGAGAGGGUGGAGAUUGGAAGAUGGACGAGUAAAGUGAAGACAAUAGGAGCAACUUUGUGUGUCGGGGGAGCAUUAACGACUAGUCUGUACAAAGGGAAGGAAUUCUAUAUUGGUCUAACUACCCAUCAUUCACACACUACAUCAGUUCAGUCAUCCAAAGUCAACAUGCUUCGUGGCACUCUUUUUUUGCUUGGUAGCUGCUUCUCAUACACAGCUUGGUUCAUCGUUCAAGUGAAGUUGCUUGAAAUAUUUCCAUUCAAAUAUUGGGGAACGAUGCUUACGUGCAUUAUAGCAUCAAUUCAAGCAGCAAUAGUCGGAAUAUGCUUAGAUUGCAGAAAAAUUACUUGGACUUUAGAGUGGAAUCUACAACUUAUCACAAUAAUAUACUCGGGAACAUUGGCCACAGCUGCUACGUUUUGCUUAAUUUAUUGGGCAAUUUCAAUCAAAGGACCGACUUAUCCCACAAUGUUCAAUCCAUUGGCUCUUAUUUUUGUGACCAUAUCAGAAGCUAUCUUACUUGGUGAACCGAUCAGUCUUGGCAUGUAUGAGUGAAUGCUUUUCCUUCAACAACACAAUGGCAGUAUUAUUUU